AUGGGCCGGAAGUGUGAAUUUUAUUUUUGUGGAAAUCAUCAAGGUAUUCCAGGGAAACUAGGAAAGGUCUCUUUCUACAGUUUUCCCAAAAACCAGGCACUAUGUUCCCUUUGGGUGGAGUCCUGCAAUUCUCCAGAAGCUUCAGAGGCUUUCAAAAGUCAGGGAUAUCACGCUUUCCUAAACAAAAAACUUUGCUCUGAUCAUUUUUCAUUGAGCUCUUUCCGGGAUUCGACAAAUAAAAAUAAAGGCCUAGUAGCUGGUGCUGUUCCCUCUUCACGCGCAAAAAUCGAUUUUGAAAACCUUUCCGAAGAUGUUCCGAAGAAUGUUGUCGAUGGUCGUGAUUUCAGCUCAGAACCAAAUGAAACGACUAUUGAGUUCAUCGAUGGAGAUGAUGAUUUCGAACGAGAAUCCAGAACUAUUGUGCAAGACCAACUUCACGGUGUUAUGGAGAUCCGACCUGAUAAUCAUACCGGUACCGAAGAUGAGGCGCCGCCGUUCCGUCAGUUCAGCGACAACCCAAAUAAAAACACACCUCCUGUAGUAUCAUCCGAAACGUCGCUACGUCAAAGCCUUAAAUCAAGGGAGCUAACCAUAAAACUGCUCAAACAAAAUAUGAAAUCUAUUCGGCGCCAAAUGUUCGUCCAAGACCAAACCAGCAAACGCCGAUUGAAUGCUUCCAACCGGUAUAAAAAGCUGUUCUUUUCUUUGCGCGAAGAAAUAAACGUUCUUAAAAAGAAGAAAAACGACAACGAAAAACUUGGAGAACAAGCCAGAAGAAAUCCGAUAAUCCUUGAUACUUUAAAAAAUGCAAUGCGCCACCCAAAAGCUCGACGAUAUCAACCAGAAACCAAAAAGUUUGCUUCUGGAGCAUAUCUUAGUGGACCACGAACUUAUAGAUUCGUUCGAAGAUCAAAAAACUUUAUUCUACCCCAUAAAAGCACAGUUUACGGGUACAAUAAGAGUAUCGGCAUUCUUCCCGGUUUGAACAAAACCAUUCUUAUGCGAAUGAAGUGUAAAGCUCGAUUCAUUAAGCCUAAGAGAGAUAAGUUGGUCAUGGUUUGCUUGGAUGGGAUGUCUGUCAAACCUGAAUUAACGUAUUGUGCAAAAUCAGACAUAUUCUAUGGAUUUCCAUUUGAUGGCACUGAACGUAAAAUUGAAAAAAAUAAUCCUCAGAGACUGGCAACUGAAGCGGUGGUAAUGAUGACAUCCGGAAUAUACAGUCGAUUCAAACAGCCUGUAGGAUAUUUACUUGCACAUAACAGCCUUGGAAGUCACGUGCAGAUGAAAUUUGUUGAGAAGAGUGUUAUGGCAAUCAGAAAGAUCGGGCUGAUACCAAUAGCCCUUGUGAUGGAUCAGUGCACAACGAAUCAAAAAAUGAUCCGUGAAGCUGGCGCCACCCAUGCCGAUCCUCUAAUCAACAUAGGCGGUGAAGAUAUUGCCAUUCCAUACGACACGCCUCAUCUGUUGAAAACACGCGGAAUGCUUUAUUAA